UGGUGCUGACCAAGGGAAUCCGACUGUUUAAUUGAAACAAAUUAUCGCAAAGGCACGAGGCGGUGUUGAUGGGAUGUGCUUUCUUCCCAAUACUCUGAACGUUAAGUUGAAGAAAUUCAAUUAAGUGUGGCUAAACGGCGGGAUACAAAUUGUGCAAAAGCAAAUUGGUAAUGGGAACAUACACAUUUCGAAAAACCUGUCAAAUGUCACAGAUAAUCAUGAAAAUAGACGAUUUUGAGACGUGUGGUUUAAGUAUAUCGCAAAGGUGUAAUAGAAACACAAUUUUUGCGUUUCCACGUCAUGUGACAUAGCCUCCAACCACGUACAGAUAGAUAUACCACAUCCAAAAUGGCGCAGUGUUGACGUGUCGUAGCACGGGAUCCAUAGGCUUAAAGCGGCAUCUAUGGAAAUACAUCUAGGUCUGUGAGACUUUUGCUGUCAGCUGUCCAUUCAUACUUUGACUUUGUCGGCCACCGUAGGAGGGGUUUCCACAGCCCAGAUAUGUUUGUUUUGUCAAACAAUCCUAAUGUAGGUUGACAACUAACUAAACACCAAGUCGGGUAGGCAGCGAGCCUUCUUCUGACACUUAGACACAUUAUGGAGUUUUUGCUUCAAGUGAAAGUCGGUGCUCUAUUUGGUUUGCUGCUACUAACUCUUUUUUUCGGUUUCAUCCCCGCUCGAGUCACAUGGUUCAGAGACACAAACGGGACAGAGACUCAUCGCACAGUUUUGAGUUUAAUAAGCUGCUUUGCCGGUGGAGUCUUCCUGGCAGCAUGUUUACUGGAUAUCAUCCCAGAUUACCUGGUGGACAUCAAUGCCGUCCUGGAGUCCAACAUGAUUGAGAUCAACUUUCCCCUUCCUGAGUUCAUCAUGGCUGCCGGCUUCUUCAUGGUCCUUAUAUUGGAGAGGGUCGUUCUGAACUGUCGGGAGAAUGGUGGGACUGUGGAUGAGAGGGCCCCACUUAUACAGGACAACAGUAACAGCCAUGGCCAUGGCCACGGCCACGGCCACGACACCACCGUGUCUCCAGAUCUGGAGAGCAGCGGCCACCAUGUCCAUGUCGACUUUCAGGCCCACUCGCCUUUUCGCUCAUUUAUGCUAUUCCUCUCGUUGUCGCUCCACUCGGUUUUCGAGGGGCUGGCUAUCGGCCUGCAGGACACUGACUCGAAGGUGUUGGAAAUCUGCAUUGCCAUACUGGUCCACAAGAGCAUCAUCGUGUUCAGCCUGUCAGUGAAGCUGGUCCAGAGCGCCGUUCGUCCCGCGUGGGUGGCCGCUUACAUCGGAGUGUUCGCCAUCAUGUCGCCUUUGGGCAUCGCCAUCGGCAUCAGCGUGAUUGAGGCCCAGCUGCCGGCCGGAGCGCUCAUCCAAUCUUUCCUGGAGGGCCUGGCGGCGGGGACCUUCAUCUACAUAACCUUCCUCGAGAUCCUCCCACAUGAGCUCAACUCCCCCGGGAAGCAGCUGCUCAAGGUGCUCUUCCUCCUGCUGGGCUUCGCCGUCAUGGCCUCACUCACCUUUUUGGGCUGAGGGCACGAGAUGUUGAAGUCGGCCAGGGUGCUCGUCAAGAUUUUGGCUUUGUUUUUUGGAUUCCUCUUCUGUUCCAAAUGUGCAGAGGGCAUUUUUCUCCACGUUUAUGACUGUGUUUACGUUGCAGGUCCUUGACUUUACAUCAUCCACCGCAGGUGAAUUUUUGAGGGAACGCAUUAACAAUGCUUGAUGUUUUUAGACCUUUUGGUGUACUUUUUAAGAUGUUUCAUGAAUGAUAUCUAAAUGUAAGUUAUUUCAUUUCAGAGUUUUAUGUGAACAGGGCCUUUUUCACCGGCAAACACUUUGAACCUGACUGAAGAAACCACUGGAGAUGUUUACUUUGUGUAUUUUAUCCAAUCAUGCCACAUAAUUAGCAACUACAUUUGCUUGAUUUGAUUCAAAUAAGAUGUGUGUUUCCCGACAAGUGCCUCCACGUUUGCGCAGGUACUUAAUUUCCCAAGAAGUUAUUUUAUCUUUUGUCUUUGCUUCAAGUAGUCUAUCACUGACCUCCUGACCUUUGAUUUGUACUGUUAUGUUAUUACACUUCCUUUAGCCUAUUUGUGGACUCAGUAAUAUUUUAUUGCUCAUAUAAUUUAUGGUGAGAUAUGUUAUGUGAGCUUGCAUGCAUGUGGGCGCGCUUCCUGAUGCCUCAAAUAUUGUGACCUAAAAAAGAGAAUGCAAACAAGAGAAAACAUGGGAUUUUUUUCCCACUACGCCCACCACACAUAAAGCUUCAGAUUCUAUACGAGAAAGACUAGUGUACAAAUCGAUAGAACUGUCAUUUAAUAUCACCAUCUGAUUUUUGCAUUGUAUGAGAAUUGAGAGCAUGCAGUAUAUUGAAAUUUUUUAUGGUGAUGUAGAAAAAAAAUUGUAUGAUGAAAUAAAACAUUGUAUCAACAAAGUUUAAUGAUUGUUUAGCUGUUGAGAUUGGGAAUGCCCCACUUUGCUUUCAAGAAAAGUGCAUUCUUUGUUUGGUUCAUUUGCCUUCGGGGCGGCAUGGCUCAGCGGUCUAGUGGUCAUUUCCCAACCCAGAGGUUGUUUGCUCAAUCCGCGGCAAUUGCGACCAUGUCCAAGUGUCCUUAAGCAAGAUACUGUACUGACCACCAGUUGCUCCUGAUGCUGCGUCAUCAAUCAGUAGGUGAAUGUGGUAACAGUGUAAAGUGUUUCGAGUACCCGAUGUGCGCAAUGUAAGUGACAACCCAUUUUGCAAUUGAGGAACUAUAGUGGUCCAUCUAUAGUGCUCUUUAUUCCUUCACUCCGAGACUCAUGUGACCAAGAACUGUUCCUUUCUAAGAUUGUGGAAUACUAUACAACAAACGCAUCGUGCGAGACUCAUGUGACCAAGAACUGUUCCUUUCUAAGAUUGUGGAAUACUGUACCACAAACGCAUCGUGCUGCAAUGAAAUAUUAUCGUGUCAUACACUAUUGUUUAAAGGAUGUUCGUCGUAGCUGCCUUUUUUUCACUUGUACCUCAAAUUCUGGAGGGUGAAUUUAUUAUAAAGUCAUGUUACAUAGAUAGAUAUUUACAACAA